UCUUGUCAGUCAACGGGCUCUUUAAAUUCGAAUUUGGAAAACAACACUGCCUAGUAACGUUUCAGCGUUGUGUUCGAGUUACUAUUCUCCAUCCUCUCGAUUUAUUAUCGUCUCGUUGCGAUGUCUAGCGGUCAGCAACUCUCUAUCUGCGGUGCAAGAGCUGCGUGCCGAAGUCUUUUCGGAGCGGUCGAUCACGAGGAGCUGAACCGGGACAUCGAGGCAAAGCUGCGCGAGCUCUCCGAGCAGGACCAGAAACGGUGGAAUUUUAACUUCGUCACUGGCACACCGUUACUCGGAGACUACGAGUGGGAGGGAGCCGCGGGGGAAGCGACGCCAGCGUUUUACCAGGAGUCGGUCCAAGUAGGGAAAAGGAGGGCUGUUGCUCCGCACGUGAAGCCGCACACAGAGGCUCCUGACCGGGAGAACCGCGCUCGAGAGGACGCUGCAGGCGGAACUGUUUCUCCCGAGAGCGCGAGCGCAGGAAAGCAGAGCCGCACGAGGAGAAGAGCACGCGCGCGUCUCGCGAGCACUCCACGCCUUAUUACAGAUUUUUACGUCAAACGAAAGAAGCUCGGAGGAGAGCUCAAACGGCGAGAGAGUGCGACUCCGAACUCCGCCUCCUACUCCCUGUCCUGUGAACGAACACCACGGAAACUACUGCGGUGAAGGUGUUUUUACAGCUGAAGAACGAAGCUGCUCAGGGUGAAGAAGGAACACCGCCUUCAUGAAGGGGCAAAGCCCGACACCGCCUCGACUCCUUGUCAAACCCUUCACCUUCGUCCCAUACAUGCUCCACUGUGUGGAGGUUCAGGAAAACUGCAGAGGAAGGAGCUGGAUCACUUCUUGGGCCUUAAUAUGAGCACCUGCUGUGUACCAAAAUGAAGAAAUGUAGCAAAAAAUGUAUGCAGCUCUGACCAAAGGCAAAGUCAGAUUUGAAAUGUACAUUAUGUAAUGCACUGUCUUUGACCUGUGUUAAUACUGUUUACUUCGACCCCUGGGUGUCAUGGAAUCUAGCCAUUCACUCAUGGAGACCCUUGAUAGUUGGAUUUUUUUUUUUUUUUGCAUCUAUAAAGCAGUUGUGGGUGGGGUUCCCUCUCCAUAUGUAAAUUAUAUACAAGUGUACAUUUCACUGGGGUGGGUUGUGCAUAUUUUUUUUUUUUUAUAUAUAAAUAUUUUUAAACUGCUCAUGGAAACAGGACAAUCGUAUAUAAUUGUUAAAAACAAAGCUUUAAUACUUGAGACAUCAGGGCUUUUUCCUGAAAUAUACACAUCUUGUAAAGGGCAUUAGUUUUUUAUUUUUUUUUAUUUUUCCUCAUUGAAGAUAUUUGUAGUCUUGCUUUUCUGAUGUAGCAUUUGCCCCAAAACGUGAUCCGUCAUGUUUUUCUGAGCCAUUUUGUCACUGCACUGUCCUAAAUUUUCAUUAUCUGUAAUAUAGUACGUGUAUAUAUCUAA